AUGGCCGACGACCUUGAAACUGGAGGCACUGUCAAUGGCAGUGGCGAGCCUCGUACAGUUUCAAAGCUGUAUGAGUUCAAGGAGCAGCUCCUGCUGCUGUCGACUCUGGUCGCAACGGUGACAUACGUCGCCGGGCUGAACCUGCCCGGGGGAUCCUGGGAGCAGGAUGACCCGGGAGGUCACAUGGCCGGCGAUCCGAUCCUCCGGGACACCCACUACCGCCGUUACCUCGCCUUCUACUACUGCAACGCCACCGCGCUCGCCGCGUCGCUCGUGGUCUCCCUCAUCCUCAUCAUCCUGGAGGAGAAGCACAUUGUCUCGACAGUGGUGCUGCGGAUGGUCAUGAUGCUCGACCUACUCAGCCUCGUGGGUGCCUACGGCGCUGGGAGCUGCCGGGAUACAUUCACAACCAUCUUCGCGGUGGUAGUCUUCUCCUUUUUGGUAUUGAUUAUCAUCUUUGGUUUCUUCUACCUCUGGCUCCAUCGUCAUGAUAAGUUCCCCUCCAACUCCAACUCUAACUCCAAUCGUCCCAUCGCGACCCCUGGCUUGAACUCCACCUCCAAGUCCAGAUUCUUCCUCAGCGUGAGGCGAAUCCAGAAACAGAACAGUGUGGUGAAGUCAUUCGUCGACGCCAAGAAGGAAGAGAAGGAGAAGAUUGAUGUGUUGAUGUUACUCGCAACUUUUGCUGUCACCAUCACAUACGUAGCUGGGCUGAGCCCGCCUGGUGGGUUCUGGAGCAGCACCGAGGACGGACACCGUUUGAGCGACCCGGUGUUGCAAGCUCGUGGCCGGUACCGUGCCUUCUUUGUUUGCAACACCACUUCGUUCGCCGUGUCCCUUCUCAUCAUCGUGUUGCUCUUGGAGAAGAAGCUGCUGAAGAAGCAGCUGAGCGAAAAAUUCACGGUGCGAUUCACAGUGCCCUAUGUGUUGAUCGCCGUCGCUCUGUUGGGCCUUAUGGUAGCCUAUGCUGCCGGGAGCUGCAGGGAGGCUGACAAUACCAUCUUUGUCCUUACCCUCACCGCUGCGGUUCCUGUCUGUGUGUGCCUCCAACUGGUGGUUGUUACUUGCACAAAUUGUUGGGAAGGACUCGCGACCAAGUGUGGUGAUGUCUUAGGAUGGUUCAAGAGACGGGUCAACACUCCUCGAGGCACCUCCAUAAGCACGGACAUCGAGCUACACCUUCAAAACACUCGCUAUCUUGUUAUGCUCCUUGCUACUCUUGUGGUGACCAUCACUUACCAAGCAGGACUCGAUCCACCUGGCGGACUUUGGCUAGACAGCCGGGAUGGGCAUACAAUCGGCCACCCGGUACUCCAAACAACACAUCCUACUCGGUAUCAAGUGUUCUUCUACAGCAACUCAGCAGCUUUUGUCACAUCGUUGGUUGUCAUCAUGAUGCUCCAGAGCAAGUAUCUGCUCACGCGGCACACACUAGAAGCAACCCUAGUACUGGACCUAUUCGGUCUCAUUACUGCCUAUGGCGCCGGGAGCACUAGGGAUGUAAACGCAUCCUUCUACAUCAUUGCCUUGGCGGGCAUUGUCCUUGUCUAUGUUGUUGUCCAUAUCACCAUAAGAGACCAUGACCCUGAGCCAGCAGGUGGUGAUGCUGCAGUAAAGGUUCUCGAUGACAAGCGUAAGGUGUUGCUACUGGUUGCUAUCUUGGCUGCUACCCUGACGUACCAAGCUGGUCUCACUCCUCCAGGUGGCUUCUGGUUAGCGGAUGACCAAGGGCUUGGUCGUCGUGCGGGCUUCCCAGUCCUCCUUGGCAAUUACCCUCCUCGUUACCAUGCAUUCUUCUAUUGCAAUGCAGCGAGUUUCAUGGCAUCCGUAACACUCAUCCUUCUUCUCAUCAAUCCAAAGCUAUACAGGCCAGGUAUACGUUGUUAUGCACUCUAUGUGUGCAUGCUGGUGGGCAUGUUUGGCCUCAUGGGUGCCUAUGCUGCUGGAAGCUCCCGGCAUCUCAAAACCUCCAUCAUUUUGUUAACCUUGGUUGCCGCUGUAUCAGCAUUCAUAGCCUUGCUAGUAGCCAUUUUCUGGUACAUCUAUAGAUGCAGAAAAAAAGCAGCAGCAGCAGUGGCGGCGGCAGUAACAAUGGCAACAACAGCAUCGGCUGCAAUAACAACAGCAGCGGCGGCAGCAACAAGAGCAGCGGCGGCAGCAACAACAGAAACAACAACCACAACAGCAAUAAUAGCAGCAAGAUUGAUAGCAGGGGCAACAACAACAGAAACAACAACCACAACAGCAAUGAUAGCAGCAAGAUUGACAGCAGGGGCAAUAACAACAUCAACGGUAGCACCAACAACAGAAACAAAAACCACAACAACAAUGAUAGCAGCAAGAUUGACAGCAGGGGCAACAACAACAUCAACUCUAGCACCAACAACAGAAACAACAACCACAGCAGCAAGAUUGACAGCAGCGGCAACAACAACGACACCACAAGCAGCACAAACAACAGCAACAAGCAGCAACAGCAGCAGCAGUAAAGAGAAAGAGAGACUUGAAUACUUGAUGUUACUAGGGAUCCUUGGCGCAAGUAUGACAUACCAGACUGGCCUAAAGCCACCAGGCGGCCUAUGGCAGGACAACAUGAAUGGGCACUAUGCUGGCAACCCCAUCCUCCACGACACCAACAAGCACCGGUAUAAUGCUUUCUUUUAUGGCAACUCCACUUCAUUCAUGGCGUCGAUCGUGGUGGUCGUCAUGCUGCUCCCAUUGACAUUCCAUGAACACGACCUGUCACUCUGGCCGAUGCAUUCAGCCAUUUUGCUGGACAUGCUUAGCCUCCUAGUUGCCUAUGCAGCAGGCAGUACUAGGGAGUGGGAAACCUCCAGAAACGUCAUGUUACUCGUCAUCCCUGUGUUGCUCUACAUUGCGGUCUACGUAACAGCUUCGGUCUUCUACCACAGGAAAGACCAUGUGGAACCGCCAAACCAGACUCCGCCCCCCACUGCUAGAGUGACUGCCACACCACAUCAGGAAACCAACUGA